UAGGUAUGUAUAUUAUGAAUACAUGUAAAUAUGUAGGAUAUAAAACAUUUAAUUGGAAAUACUCACUAAUGUCUGAAGAUUAACACCACCUUUAUCCUUUUUACGAAAAACAAUAUUUGGUGGAAUCUUGUUCAAUCUUAAUCCAAAACCUUCAAGUUCAUGUUCAAUUAACUUCUUGUGUUGCAAAGGUUUAAGAACAUCAAGUACAAUAAAAAUAAGACUACAAGUUCUUGCAACAGCAAUAACUUGACGACCUCUUCCUUUUCCAUCCUUGGCUCCUUCAAUAAUACCUGGGAGGUCAAGCAGUUGAAUUUUUGCUCCUUUAUAUUUAAUACACCCAGGAACAGUUGUCAAUGUGGUAAACUCAUAAGCUGCUACUUCGGAGUAUACACCUGCUAAAUUACUUAAGAGAGUGGACUUUCCCACGGACGGAAAUCCUGCAAUAAAUCCUAUUCGAGCAUCGCCAGUUUUCGCAACGUCGAAUCCUUCUCCCGUACCACCGCCGCCUCCUUUCGGAGUAAUUAGUUCUCUCCUUAAUUUGGCUAUCCUAGCUUUUAAUAAACCUAAGUGACCCGCUGUUGCCUUAUUUUUUUGGGUUCUGGCCAUCUCAGCCUCUAUAGCUGCAAUUUUGUCUACUAUUGUUGCCAUGAUGAAUCAAUUUAUUCACGUAAUUUAGUGGAAGUUAAUAAAAUUUAACCACACUUUUCGGGGACCACGCAACCUGCUUGAGCGGAUGCGAGCAGAUCAGAUGCGAGCAAGACGCAAGUGAAUCAAAAUGAACGAUUCUUUUUGAACACGACAAGACCGAAUGUUUUCAAUGAACGAACCAUUGUAUACCGUGUACUGUAUAUUUCUUACACCGAAUCACAGUCUUACACCGUGGAACGAACUAAUGUCAUGUUACUAUAAAGCAGAGAUCUCCAGAGAUCUCUCUAGUAUACAAUAUCUCUGCAAUACACAGAUAACAGUGAAUAUAUACUGGACGGCAUGCAAAAUGCAUGUAUAAUAAAUCCUCCAAUUUAAAUUGCCUUUCGUUACGGCUUCACAUUGUGAUUCUCGAGAUCUAUGUUCUCGCGCGUGCUUCACGUAAGGCAUGAUAAAGGAUAAGUGCUUGCAAUUGUGGUCAAAAAAGGCCAUUGAUCGUUUUUGAGUACUCCAGUCCCCUUGGUUCGAUACUACUCGUAUAUCGCAAUGACUCGAGUUUUUCGACUUCGUUAAUUAUUACCAAAGUGCACUGAUAUAUCUACGCGUGUGUUGACAUCGUUAUUAUUGGUUAUUAUAUUGCCAUAUCUAUAAGUUUCCAACACAAGAACAGCAAGUGCCGGUUUGUUGUGAUAUCAGUGAUUCAUGUUAGGAGACAGAAUUUUUUUCAAUAUUCGGGGUCGGAACUUUAAAUAUUCAAAUUAUUCAUUACUCUAUUUUCUAUGAAGUCUGCUAGUUUUUUUGACAGCAAGCUUUUUGUGAAUACUGAAUCGUUAAGUUAGUGUUAGUAAUCGAAUUGUGGCAGGAGACCGAAGUUUGGGAAAUAUUUGUGAGAUUGAGGUUGUGAAUUACUUGCAGCAAAAUGCCGGAAGUUCUAAGCCCUUUUGUGUACUGGGCACAAACAGAAAAUAAUGUGACUUUGAAAGUGGAUCUUAAAGAUGUCAAGGAUCCAGACGUGCUACUCGAAGACAAGAACUUGCAAUUUGCUGCCAUAGGGCAAGGUGCCAAAGGACCCCACAGUUACGGGUUCACCCUUCACUUUCACUCACCAGUGGAUCCAGAAGGAAGUCAAUACCGCAUUUUGGAUCGUGAGGUUGACUUUACAAUUAAGAAGAAGGACAGUGGAUGGUGGCCACGGCUGACUUGUACACCUCAGAAACCUGUUUGGCUGAAGGUGGACUUUGACCGUUGGAAAUCAGAAGAUGAUGGUGAAGCUGAGGAAGAGGAGAUGCGAGAUGUGAUGGGGGAUUAUCCAGGAGUCUAUGACCGUCUGGAGAAGGAAGAAUUUGGGUACAGAAAAGAGGAUUUAAGAAAAGUCUAUCUGGCUUUUUACAAUUUGGCCCAAUUUAUAGGUUUCACAUACAUUUUAACAGUUAUGGGAAUUCGAUAUUUUCGGGAUGGACCUGAUUCAAUGCCUGGAACAUUUGAAGCAGUUGGGAAUGCUUUAAAAUUUUGUCAGUUAUUGCAGUUUCUGGAAGUUAUGCAUCCAUUAUUUGGAUACACAAAAGGAAGUGUUUUACAGUCUCUGAUACAGGUGGGCGGUCGAGCAUUCAUUCUUUUCUGCAUGAUUGAUGCAGAGCCGAGAAUGCACGAGAAGCCUGCUGUCUUUUAUUUGACAUUCUUCUGGAGCUUAGCAGAAGUUACAAGGUAUCCAUAUUACAUUGCCCAGUUGUAUAAAAAAGACAAUGGGUUUCUGACUUGGCUUCGGUACACCAUUUGGAUUCCCCUCUAUCCUUUGGGUUUCUUGUGCGAAGGUGUAAUCAUUCUCAGGUAUUUACAUGCUGAUGACUCACAUCAGAAUUCACCUUCUGUCACAAAAGAGAAUAUUUGUUCUGUUGUUGAUUUUAAAAAAUCACAAAAAAAACAAAUUAAAACUUUCACUACUUCCAAUAAGUUAAAUGUUUGUCAAAGGCAGUCAUUUUCAAAAAAUUUUAAUGUGUUUUGUGAGCAUGUGGGAAAAUACAAAAAA